AUGGACGCUCAGAGAGCUUUGCUCGACGAACUCAUGGGUGCAGCGCGAAAUUUGACGGAGGAAGAGAGAAAGGGGUAUAAGGAAGUUACUUGGGACGACAAGGAAGUGUGUGGAUUCUACAUGGUGCGUUUUUGCCCUCACGAUCUCUUCGUCAACACGCGCAGUGAUCUCGGACCUUGCCCGAGAAUUCACGACCCAAAAUUGAAAGAAAGUUUUGAGAAAUCUCCAAGACAUGACGCAUAUGUACCCAAAUUUGAAGCUGAACUUGCUCAAUUCUGUGAGAAACUGGUGAUGGACUUAGAUAGAAGGGUUAGACGUGGACGAGAACGCCUUGCUCAAGAGGUGGAGCCAGCACCACCACCACCCCUGACAGCUGAAAAAUCUGAGCAGUUAUCUGUUGUGGAGGAGAAAAUAAAGAACCUUCUUGAACAAGUUGAAUCUCUUGGCGAAGCUGGGAAAGUUGAUGAAGCUGAAGCUCUUAUGAGAAAGGUGGAGACACUUAAUGCUGAGAAGACAGCUUUAACACAACCUCAAAAUGAUAAGGUGUUGAUGCUUGGUCAGGAAAAGAAGAUGGCGCUCUGUGAAAUUUGUGGUUCUUUUCUUGUGGCAAAUGAUGCUGCAGAAAGGACACAGUCACAUGUCACAGGAAAGCAACAUGUUGGUUAUGGCAUGGUUCGUGACUUCAUAACUGAGUAUAAGGCUGCUAAGGAGAAAGCUAAUGAUGAGGAAAAAUUAGCUCGAGAAAGAGAGGCUGAAGAGCGGAGGAAACAGAGGGAGAAGGAGUCCGAGAGGAGGAGACGAAGUGAUUCAAGUGAUAGGGAUAGGCACCGUGAUAAAGAUCACAGUAGGGAGCGGGAUAGGUAUAGAGAUAGAGACUCAGAGCGUGAAAGGUCUCGGGAACAUGAUGUUAGAGGUUAUCGAGAUGGGGGGAGAGGGGUGGAUUAUAGGCUGAGGAAUGGAAGAAAUGGAGGUAGAGACAGGUACCGUGAUAGGAGCAGAUCACGUUCCCCUGUUAAGCAUAGCUACAGAAGGUCUUCUUGA